AUAUAUGGAGAGAGAGAGAGAGAGAGAGUUCAAUGAUGGAGUCCCUUGCUUCCCAAAUCUGCUCCCACAUAUCCGCUAUCUUCUCAAAACCCACGCUCCCCCACCCACCGCCCUUGGACCUAUUAAUCACCGAGCUGACCACCGUUUCGUCCCAAAACGGUCGGGUCUUCCUCUACGGAGUUGGGCGAGAAGGCCUUAUGCUCAAGGCCCUCUGCAUGCGCCUUGCCCACUUGGGUCUCUCCUCCCACUUCGUCUUCGACAUGACCACUCCCCCCAUCACCACCAACGACCUCCUCAUCGUCUCUGCCGGUCCCGGCGGUUUCUCAACUGUCGAUGCCAUAUCCAGCGUGGCACGAUCUCACGGCGCCAGAGUUUUGCUUAUCACUGCUCAGCCGGAGACGGGUUCUUGCGUGAAGCACGCGAGUGCUAUUUGCUACGUGCCAGCGCAGACCAUGGCGGAUGAUGGAGGCGCCGUGGAAUCUCGGCCAUUGCUUCCGAUGGGGAGUGUGUACGAGGGGGCUCUGUUCGUAUUGUUUGAGAUGGUGGUGUAUAAGUUGGGUGAGGUUCUGGGUGAAAGUCCUGAGGCCGUCCGAUCCCGCCAUACUAAUCUGGAAUGAGAUUGGACCUGUAUAUUGUACUGGUGAAAUCUUUAUCUUUUCUAUUAAUAAUAAAUGCAGAGUAAGGGCAUUGGUAAUU